UCUAUGUGCAUUCGGCUGUGCGUGUGUAUGGUGCCUAAGCUAAUAUUAGAAACUUGUUUUUUUUUAGUUGUGAUAUUACAAAAGGAAAAAAAAGGGUUUUACCGGAAAAAGGGAAAUGUACAGAUAUGGCCUUAGUCAUUGCACAUUUUGAGAGCGCACUUGGAGAGAGGAGGAGAUGCGGUUAUAGGGAGUAGGCUAAUCCAACCGCCGGGUAAAAAGGGCAGUUUCAGAUGGCUCAUAUUCCGCUCUAACUGUAUUGCACCGUGACACCAGCUUUGAGCAGCGACGGAGCACCACAGCUGCCGUACCCACAGCAUCUGCACCAACACAUCACCACUGCUCCAGGGACACCACCACUUCUUUCCGCAAGGCUGGACGCGGAGGCAAGCGCACACGGCCAGUGGGAAAAUACUGUCAGGCGCGAACUUUUUUUUUUUUUUUUCUUAAAUAGCGAAUUGAUUCUGUGAUGACCGUGAGAUUCCACAAGUAAUAUGCGCAACAACUGCCCUAUUUUUUUCUCUUCCUUUCUCCUUACUGCUCAGUUGUGUUUCCUUAUUCAUUGUGCUCCCUAUGAAGAGCAUUAACUAUCCCUCCCUCCAAUCCUAUUGAAAAGGCUCCGAAAAAAAAACAGAGGGAGAUGAGAGCAGCAAAUCCCUUUUUUAUUCCCCUCGUAGCGCUCAAUAAGAGAAGAAUGUGUUGCCUAUCAGUCACCGAGGGGAUCAAGUCUUCGGGACUGUCCCACGCGUUCAAUGCGCCGUGCAAAGCAUCACUGAGAGAGACAGAGUGAAGAGGACUGCAGCAGCAGCAGCAGCAGUAGCAUCCUGCCUUGGACACUUCACAUCAUUCAGCAACCUGUCUCCACUCAAGAUCCAUCUAAGUCAAUUAGGGCUGCCACCUUCUCUCACCUUUCAAGUCCUCUCAUCGGACUGUGGCGUGUCACGAUGAGGAGCCUGGCGCUGCUGUUAGGGGUGAAAGCCGCUUGCAUCCUUCUGGUGUCUUCGCUCUCAGGCACAGUGGCCGUCAACAACAGCGGCCGGUGGUGGGGUAUUGUUAAUGUGGCUUCCUCAUCCAACCUCCUCACCAACUCUAAGAACGUGCAGUUGGUCCUGGACCCAAGCCUGGCCCUCCUGAGUCGCCGCCAGCGCCGGCUGAUUCGGCAGAAUCCUGGCAUCUUGCACGCCAUCGCCGCUGGGCUACACACUGCCAUAAAGGAGUGCAAGUGGCAGUUCCGCAACCGCCGCUGGAACUGCCCGACCACCCACAGCCCAGCAGUUUUUGGCAAAAUUGUCAAUCGUGGUUGCCGAGAGACAGCAUUUGUAUUUGCCAUCACCAGCGCGGGAGUGACCCACGCUGUGGCUCGCUCCUGUUCAGAAGGAGCCAUUGAGUCGUGCACAUGCGAUUAUAGACGGCGAGGUCCCGGAGGGCCAGACUGGCACUGGGGCGGCUGCAGUGACAAUGUGGACUUUGGCCGGGUGUUCAGCCGUGAGUUUGUGGACUCCAGUGAGAGGGGCAGGGAUCUGCGCUACCUCACCAACGUACACAAUAACGAAGCAGGCAGACUGACUGUGUCAUCAGAGAUGCGUCAGGAGUGCAAGUGCCACGGCAUGUCCGGCUCCUGCACUGUGCGUACCUGCUGGAUGCGCCUGCCCAGCUUCCGUACAGUGGGCGACUUCCUUAAGGACAGGUUCGACGGUGCCUCCAGAGUAGUUUACGCCAAUAAGGGCAGCAACCGUGCCUCCCAUCGAGCAGACCCCCGACAUCUAGAGCCUGAAAACCCGGCGCACAAACCCCCGUCUGCCAUGGACUUGGUCUAUUUUGAGAAAUCACCGAACUUCUGCUCCUACAACGGAAAAACGGGCACUUUGGGAACUUCUGGGAGAACGUGCAACAGCUCUUCCCCGGGCCUGGAUGGAUGUGAGCUGCUUUGCUGCGGACGUGGGUUUAAGACCCGGACGGAGAGCGUGACCGAACGUUGCCACUGCACGUUCCACUGGUGCUGUCACGUCAGCUGCCUGAACUGCACCAGUACACGAACAUUACAUCAGUGUCUAUGAUUGAAGGCGGACAGUAUUUGGGCAUAUAUAUGAGGAGCAAAGAAGAACUUCUUAGCUAAACACGUAGUCGGCUGACAAAGCCACUAGCACGCAGGUGGUUUAAGAUGUUAGGUAGAAGCUAGACAAGCUUCAAGGCGGGUAAACUGAUACAGGGAACUUUCUGGCACAACAACUCAAUCAGUGUUUUUGAAAGUAGGAGAUGGGGGGAAAAAGCACAAACAUGUGAACAGGGUAGGUACAGAGGGAGUGUAUGUGCUUGCUCUUUGCCUUUAAUGCUUAACAUUAUCAAGUAUUUAAACACUCGUCCACAUCCCGCAAAUGUUUACACUGUGGAUAAACAGAAGCAAAGGGACAAAGGGAUGUGGUGGAGGAUUGAUAGAUGUAACCAGGUACUACUAGAGACUUCUUCUCCCAGGGCAGAAACUGGACGCAAUGUUUCACAGAUGUUUCUGUGGCCAGAGAGCCACAAACAUGUGCUCUCAUAAACUGGUGUAGACCUCUAACAUGAGGGAGGUUAUUUAAAAAAAAAAAUCGUAGUUUUCUUUAGCUGAAGUUUUCAAAUGAAACUGUGAGAAGUUUAUCUCCAGGGAGAGGCUAUCAGUUCCCGGCUUGUGUAUUUAGGACCUGGAUGCAGCCCAACCACUUCUAAUUUCCUCACUACAUUUGCCCUUUUUGUUUAGCUUUCUCUGGAGUGGAAUACACCUCGGCCCUGAGUUGCCACUCUGACUUACCACAGGAUGGUCCUGAUGUUACAUGAAUGGUACCAGUUCCUACCAAGAAAAACAGAAACUGAUUGAAUAGAUCUUACUGAAGCAAUGUAAUUUGAAUGUAUUACCAAUACACUGAAUACCGCGGCAUGAGUAGAUGUAGAUUAGCAAACCUGAGGGUCAAUAAAAUAAUAACAACUGUGACCGGCGGAGUAUUAGCAUGCUCUCAGACGUACAUUCACAAAAUAUGCUAAAUUCAUGUAAAUGCAUGCAAUUAUUCCAGGUUUAAAGUAGGCAAAUUGUGUAUUACUUCAAGUUGGCUGUAAAAAAAAAAAAAGAGAGAGAGAAAAGAACCAUUUAAUUUUGAAGAGUAUAGCUCCUGCAGGAAAAGAAUCAUUCUGUAUAUCAGCUAAUAGAACCAAAAUGCUGUAAAUAUUAAAAUAUCUGAAUAUAUUUAUAAAGACGUCACUUGUAUGUUUGCUAAAUGAUUUAUGUGCCUGUCAGUGGCUGGAGAAUACGCGCUAUCAUCAGAGUCAGGACAUGUUUUGAUCAUAUGGCGUUCCUAUUUUGGUGUAAAGGUAGCAGACAAGAAGCAGACUCUUAUUAGAAACUGAACAUUAUCUCUUCUUUGCUUUGUUUCCUGUAAAAACACUUGUGUUUGGUCAUGCACUGAUUAUUUACAUUUUUUUUUUGUUUAAAUUAGUGUAAAUACAAAAUAUUUAUUUCUGAGGAUUUUUAUACUGUUAUAGAGAAGUAAAAGUUUUUAGAUUUAAAUCAAAAGAUUUAGGUUUCAGUUGGUUUUGUAUUGUAUGAUAGAACAAUAAAGUCUAUAUUUUUAAUUAA